AUGAGGGCCGCCGGUUCAAACGCUCGAGGGCUUCUGUGGCUGUCAGUUUCCCGCGCUGCUGGCUUGCGACGGGUCUCGGGCGCCGCAAGCUCAAUCACGCAACAAGCUUCGGUCGCGAGGUCCCAACGACCAUCACCAAGGCUCUCAAAUCUCACAGCGAAUACCACUCCCUCUCAGCUGCCGUCAUCAUGGGUCUCAACACAGAGGUUUUCCUCCACUGCUGCGGCGCCCUCAGAUUCACCGUCGGAGACUGACCCGGUCGAGGCGAUCAAUAUUCUGAUCGAGCGAAUCAACGAGAACGACGAUGCUAUGGCACAACUAAUGCAGGACUUGGAAUUAAUAGAGGGUGACGAGGUUGUUGAGGGAUCUGAAGAUCCAUUCGAUGGCCAGGAAUAUACUCCAGAGGUAUGGGUGGAGAUGGUUCGACAGCAGUUCGGCGAUGCGAUCCCAGAUGGCGUUCUGAACGAGGAAGAAAUGCAACUAUUCAUCCGGCUUUACGGACAACCUGUUAUCCAGGAACUGAACGAAGAGACAGCGGAGGUUGAAAGUGACAGAGAGCCGGAUCGCUUGUUCCGAGAGGACAGGCAAGGUCGGUGGGAGGAGAUCGAGUAUCAGCAGAACGCCGAAGCCGAGGACGAGCCACCCGUGGUCUACGACAUGGACGCAGCCCCCGAAGAGGUAGAGACGAUUGCGAUGCGGCGCACACGAGAAGUAGCAGAGCAACUGGGAGGAGAAAUCAUGAUGGAGCAAUUCGAGAACGAAGCCGUCCCGGACUCGGCGCCACGCGCCCACCCAUUGACCCGCGAGGGCAAAUUCACAACGGAUCCCAGUACAAUCCAUCUUCCAAAAAAUACAGUUACCGGGCCGAUCUCCGUCAUUCUAUCGGGCUUUUCCAAUAAGCACAUCUCGGACACUGCACGUCGCUUGUUCGGUGGGCCUGGUCUGCCCCAUUCUACAACGACGCCGCCUCCACGAGCACAAUUACCACAGCUGCCAAUUCCACUUCACGCAUCGCAACACCACAUGGGCGAGAUGGAAGCCAAUGCUUAUAUUGCGGCUCUCUACCCGGGCAUUUACGCAUCGACCUUGAGCGUUUUGGCCGAGGUCCGCAAACGCAUGGGAACCGACUGGAUCAGGCGGUUGAUCUCACAAGAGGGCGGCCCAAAUGUCUUGGACGCAAGCGGCGGUGGUGCUGGUAUCCUGGCCUGGCGAGACAUUGCCCGUGCCGAGUACGAAGUCAUGGUUCCCGACCACCCGGAAGGCGGCCCCGUUCCGUACGGGCGAUCUACCGUGCUUACGGGGUCGGACGCCCUCCGUUUACGUGCGAGUGCCAUGCUUGACAAUACCAGCUUCCUUCCACGGUUGCCAGACUACAUCCACGCUCGUGAAAAGCCGACUCUUGAGGAUCAGCGCGCGGUGCAGAAGCGCAAGCAGUUUGACAUUGUCAUUGCACCUCACACUCUUCUUGGAUUCGACGAAGAGUAUCAGCGGAAGGAGCAUGUGCAGAACCUCUGGCAACUGUUGAACCCCAACGGUGGUAUCCUCAUCCUGCUCGAAAAGGGCCGACAGAAGGGCUUCGAGGCCAUUGCUGGUGCCCGAGAUAUGCUUCUCAGACGCCAUAUCGCCAGCCCGGGAUCGACAGAAUACGGAAAUUCCCUGGACUCGUCCAUCGAAUCGCCCAUUAUCAUCAAGGAGCCGGGAAUGAUCAUCGCUCCGUGCACAAACCACGCCACUUGUCCCAUGCAUAACCCCGCGGGUCCGACAAAGGGUCGUCGGGACUACUGUCAUUUCGAGCAGCGGUACAUUCGUCCGGCCUUCUUGCAACGUAUCAUGGGUGCCAAGGACCGCAACCACGAGGACGUCAAGUUCAGUUACCUGGCUGUGCAGCGAGGCGUGGACAUGCGUCAAGAACAGGGUAUCCGUCAAGACGCCGAAUCCACAGAUAGCGCCUUCGAAGGCUUCGAACACCUGGACGAAUCCGGUCAUGCGGAUUACCACCCUCUUUCAUUGCCUCGCGCUGUGUACCCGCCCAUCAAACGCCGAGGGCACGUCAUUCUCGACCUUUGCACUCCUGCUGGCAAGAUUGAGCGAUGGACAGUUCCGCGCUCAUAUAGUCGCCAAGCGUACCGCGAUGCUCGAAAGUCCAAUUGGGGCGAUCUCUGGGCACUAGGCGCCAAGACGCGCAUCCCGCGCAAGCUCAAUCUCGGCGAUAAGCAUGGCGAAGGCAAGAAGGAACGUCUUGCUCGACGGGCUGCUGCCAAGGCUGGUUCCCGUGAAAUGGCCGAGGAGGGCGACUUCGAUCAGCUUGAAGCCGAGCAGGAUGAUGUAGACGACGAGACUGUGGAGGCACCUGUUCGCAAACGGGGUCAAAAAAUCCCAAGCUGGAAGAAGCACGCUGAUAAGAAGAAACUUCGACAGAGUGUAAAGCUUCGGGACGCUGCGGAGGAUGCGCUGUAA